GAACCUGAUUCACGCUUCAUUCGAUUUGAUUCAACUUAACACAUUCAAUCCUUUUCAAAAUGUCAAGUUUACGUUUUUGUCGAGACUGUGCCAAUUUACUUUAUCCAAGGGCAGAUAAAGUACAUAAGAUUUUAACUUAUGCUUGUAGGAAUUGUGUUUAUUUUGAAGAAGCUUCUCCUAAUGAAGAAGAACGUGGUGAGAAAUGGUCGGUUUAUCGUAAUGAUUUAAUGGCUGAUUCCAAAGAAAGUGCAGGGGUUACACAAGACUUGAAUACGGAUCCUACUUUGCCACGAGCGACAAUCACAUGUCCCUAUUGCGAGCAUCGAGAGGCAGUUUUCUUUCAAGACCAAUCGAAACGGAAUCUUUCAACCAUGACGUUAUUUUAUGUGUGCACAUCUUGUAAUCGACCGUUUCAAGACCCGAUGCUCAAAUCGAACGCAAAGUAGCACCCUUUCACAAUGCGUUCUUCAUAACAGGUGCAGGUUUGAUCAAGACUUGCCAAUGACAUUUUCACUCUGGAGUUGGACUUUAUUUGAUGAGGUCUUUCUGGUACCUUGUCUUCACAGGACGC